CACGGCACGCUGGCCUGGACACCCCGGGCGCUUCGGCAGGCGCUGAGGAGCGGCGUGGGACGCCACCUGGAGCGCAGUUGCCCAGGUAUGAACAGUAAUGGCACCUAUUUCACUUCCAAGUUCCCCAGUAGACUGUGGAUUGAAUGAACUGCAUCCAUCUCCAUCAUGAUGUGCAACACCAAGUCUUGUUACUACAUCUGUGUUCUGAUUAGUGGCCAAAUAAAUGACAUUCAGAAGUUCAGCUAAGGUACAGUAAGACUAUGUCAGAGAGUCACAAUGACCUUGCACAAUAGCAGUACAAUCUUGCCUUUGUUUCCAAACAUCAGCACCUCCUGGAUACACAGCCCAUCAGAAGCAGGGCUACCCCCAGGGACAGUCACUCAUUUCGGCAGCUACAACAUUGCACAAGCAGCUGGGAAUUUCUCCUCCCCAAAUGGUACCACCAGUGACCCUCUAGGAGGUCAUACUAUCUGGCAAGUGGUCUUUAUUGCAUUUUUAACGGGCUUCCUGGCCCUGGUGACCAUCAUUGGCAACAUCUUAGUCAUAGUGGCAUUUAAGGUCAACAAACAGCUGAAGACAGUCAACAACUACUUCCUCCUAAGCCUGGCUUGUGCUGAUCUGAUCAUCGGGGUCAUUUCCAUGAAUCUGUUUACUACCUACAUCAUCAUGAACCGAUGGGCUUUGGGGAACUUAGCCUGUGACCUCUGGCUUUCCAUUGACUAUGUGGCCAGCAAUGCCUCUGUCAUGAACCUUCUGGUCAUUAGCUUUGACAGGUACUUUUCCAUCACAAGGCCACUCACCUAUCGAGCCAAAAGAACAACAAAGAGAGCCGGUGUGAUGAUAGGUCUGGCUUGGGUCAUCUCCUUCGUCCUUUGGGCUCCUGCCAUUUUGUUCUGGCAGUACUUUGUGGGGAAGAGAACUGUGCCUCCAGGGGAGUGCUUCAUUCAAUUCCUCAGCGAGCCCACCAUCACCUUCGGCACGGCCAUCGCUGCCUUUUAUAUGCCUGUCACCAUUAUGACUAUUUUGUACUGGAGGAUCUAUAAGGAAACUGAAAAACGUACCAAAGAGCUCGCUGGCCUGCAGGCCUCUGGGACAGAAGCAGAGACAGAAAACUUCGUCCACCCCACAGGUAGUUCUCGAAGCUGUAGCAGCUAUGAGCUGCAGCAGCAAAGCCUGAAGCGCUCAUCCAGAAGAAAGUACGGCCGCUGCCACUUCUGGUUCACAACCAAGAACUGGAAGCCCAGUGCCGAGCAGAUGGACCAAGACCACAGCAGCAGUGACAGCUGGAACAACAAUGAUGCUGCUGCCUCCCUGGAAAACUCCGCCUCCUCCGAUGAAGAGGACAUUGGCUCAGAGACAAGAGCCAUCUACUCUAUUGUGCUCAAGCUUCCAGGGCACAGCACCAUCCUCAACUCCACCAAACUGCCCUCCUCUGACAACCUGCAGGGGCCUGAGGAGGAGCUGGGGUCAGUGGACAUGGAGAGAAAUGCCAAUAAGCUUCAGACCCGGAAGAGUAUGGACGAUGGUGGCAGUUUUCAAAAGAGCUUCUCCAAACUUCCCAUCCAGUUGGAAUCCACCAUGGACACAGCCAAGACUUCCGAUGCCAACUCGUCAGUGGGUAAGACCACGGCCACUCUACCUCUGUCCUUCAAGGAAGCCACACUGGCUAAGAGGUUUGCUGUGAAAACCAGAAGUCAGAUCACAAAGCGGAAGAGGAUGUCGCUCAUCAAGGAGAAGAAGGCAGCACAGACCCUCAGCGCCAUCUUACUCGCUUUCAUCAUCACCUGGACCCCCUACAACAUCAUGGUUCUGGUGAAUACUUUCUGUGACAGCUGCAUACCCAAAACCUAUUGGAACCUGGGCUACUGGCUGUGCUACAUCAACAGCACCGUGAACCCAGUGUGCUAUGCCCUGUGCAACAAAACCUUCAGAAACACCUUCAAGAUGCUACUGCUGUGCCAAUGUGACAAGAGGAAGAGACGCAAGCAGCAGUACCAGCAGAGACAGUCGGUCAUCUUCCACAAGCGUGUGCCCGAGCAGGCUGUAUAGAAGGAGGUUGGACCCAUAGCAGUGACAAAAAUGCACACAUCAACCCACAGACCUUAGGAGGAAUAAGGUGAGGGUGGGGGUGGCUCCUGGUGAUGAUAAAAAUGGUUUUUUUAUCACCCAGGUAUGAAAGAAGCUGCCUGUUUACGGAUCCAUUGAAUAAACUGAUUUUAACAUAAAAAGUCAAAUACCAAUUCAGCAAAAAAAAAAAUCCUACUACUGAAUAUAAAGAAAUUUAUUCUGAACUAGACUUUAAUUCUUUUUUUUUUUCUUAAAGAGGAAAAAAAAUAUUGCUUCACAGCAAAUUGAUUUGCCUGGGUCUUUUAAUUCCCAUUAGCUCUGGAAUCCCAGAUAAGCCUAGCUGGCCCGAUUGUGCUGUUCUUCCCAAGGAUUCCAAGUGCCGAUGCAGACCACAUGUGGAAUACAGCAGGCUCGUGAAUCUGUGGUUCUGAAAUUAUGCCGUCCAUUGCAAAGCUGAACCUUCUUGUCCCAAUAGAGCUUCCGUCCUCUCUUCAGUGUGUUGUUGAACUCUAUUUGUGGACUUGAUUCCUGAUUCUUGCAAAAUAUUGUUUUGUGAGUUGAAGUUUCAUACAAAUAAAAAUAUAAGUAUAUAUAUGUGUGAGUUCCACACAUGCACAUAGUGUAUAUAAUAUAAUGGGAAACACUGAACUGGCAAAUUAUUCCUGCAAUAUAUGCUUUCAGUACUUUGGUAACUGAAGUUCUCUAGGAUCCUAUACAAUAUAAAAGUGAAAUUAACCCAGUUUAACGUUUUGGACACUGGGUCUGUUUUCCACAAACCACUCUGAAGAAUAUUCAGCAGAGAUCAGCGAGGCCGUCCCAGCAGAUCUGUGCAGAGUGGACAGCCUCAAGAGUCAGUCGCCAGUGUGGCUGGCUGGACCCUGGGCAUAAGCAGUCUCCUUUACUGACCUCUCCAUCCACAGAGCUAAGUGGGGCCCCUCUGAGCUAAGGAAUGAACCACAUCCACACGUUUGGAUUUAGUCAUCCAAAUCUGAAUGUUUCAAAACAAAAUGUCUGCAACCUAAACUGCUUUGAAACUCAAUCACAGUGUCACGUUUGAAUGUCACACUCAGCAAUAUAUAUGGCAAAGCAAAAGGAACACUGGGGUGGGGAGGGGUGGAGAGAAAUGUUGUGUUUGAUUUCUUGCUACCUGGCACCUUCUAAAGGAAAUUAGGGCUGACCCCUGUGGCUUAGCGGUGGCCAGGGCUUUCUGGCCUUCUGGCCUUUCAUGUGUAACCUUCACCCAGGAGUAGGUGGGGUAGGAAGUGACCUGGCCUCUGAAGAAAGAAUUACGCUUGGAAAGUAUUGCUUCAAGUUGAUUUCUGUACCUUUUGAAAACUAAUUUUGUCUUAUCCUUUGGAUGGCCCCCAAUGCUCGAAGUUUUCUCCAGGGGAGGGGAGGGGUGCUGCUGCUUUCUGUCUUCUCACUGCUGCUGUCCUUGUCGGGUUCCUUCUUUUCCUUUCGCUGGGGCCGUGUGGGGAGCGGGAGGACGGGUGGGGGGGGGAAGGCCUCUUCCCUGAGUCCCAGCAUCUGUGCCACAGACCCAGAGCUGGGACCCAAGCUGCUUUUGUAUUCAGCGUGAGGUGGUGUUUACAGACAACUUUGAGCAGUGGAAGUGUACUCAGUGGUGUGUGUGUAUCUGAUCUAUUUAAUGUCGUGUUAUGUUUAUAUGAAGAAAUAUUUAUGCAUACUUCACCAAGUGUUUAUUUAAUGUUGAUAAAUAUGACUUCUUCAGCCAUGGUGUCCUUUGAAAGUGGUUCUUUUAAGGUCCGUGUGGGCAAUGCAUAGAGUCCAUUGAGCUUUCCUGUGGUGAAGAAGAAGAAAACUGUCAUUGUGUUGGCACCUGCAAGUACCUAGCUCUUCCUAGGUAAUAAAAGUCACCUGUCACUUCAA